CCAUCCAUGCCUAUCCACCCGUCCACCGAUCCGCCGUAACUGAUUCCAUAUUGUUUUCCUUGAUUGAUUGAUUCAAGAUCGUCGAUCGUCGUCAAUGGAGCCCCGGGCCGUUAGCCCCGGCGAGACGGCGCUGCCGUACGCGUACGCCUACGCGCCGCUGGCCCCGUCCGACGUCGCGGACGAGCGACGGACCGGCGCCGGCGGCGGGGUGAGGUGGCGCGCGUGCGUCGCCGUGCUGGCCGCCUCGGCCGUGGUGGUGCUGGUCGUGGCCAGCGCGCUCGCCGGGUCCAGCAGGGUGGACAGGGUCGUGGGCGGCGACGUGGUCGCGGACAUGCCGCCGCUGGCGGACACGGCGCGGAGCCGCGGCAGGGACGCCGGCGUGUCGGAGAAGACCUCCGGCGCGGCGUACGAGAUGGUGGGCCUCCUCGCCGCCGGCGGCGACGCCGACGGCUUCCCCUGGAGCAACGCCAUGCUCCAGUGGCAGCGCACCGGAUUCCAUUUCCAGCCCGAGAAGAACUGGAUGAACGAUCCCAACGGUCCUGUGUACUACCGCGGAUGGUACCACCUCUUCUACCAGUACAACCCGGAGGGGGCGGUGUGGGGGAACAUCGCGUGGGGGCACGCCGUGUCCCGCGACCUCAUCCACUGGCGCCACCUCCCGCUCGCCAUGGUGCCCGACCAGUGGUACGACAUCAACGGCGUCUGGACCGGCUCCGCCACCGUGCUCCCAGACGGCUCCCUCGUCAUGCUCUACACCGGUUCCACCAACGCUUCCGUGCAGGUCCAAUGCCUCGCCGUGCCCACCGACCCCAACGACUCCCUCCUCCGCAACUGGACCAAGCACGAGGCCAACCCUAUCCUCUUCCCGCCUCCCGGCAUCGGCGACAAGGACUUCCGUGACCCCACCACCGCCUGGUUCGACGAGUCCGACAAGACGUGGCGCAUCGUCAUCGGGUCCAAGGACAACCACGGGCACACCGGCAUCGUCAUGACAUACAAGACAAAGGACUUUAUCAACUAUGAGCUCAUCCCCAACUUGCUCCAUAGCGUCUCUGGCACUGGCAUGUGGGAGUGCAUCGACUUCUACCCUGUCGGUGGGGCCGAUGGCUCGGAGGAGUUGUACGUGAUGAAGGAGAGCAGCGACGAUGACCGCCACGACUGGUACGCGCUCGGGAGGUACGACGCUGCUGCCAACAAGUAUACAGCGAUAGACGCGGAGAUGGAUGUUGGGAUCGGUCUGAGGUACGACUGGGGCAAGUUCUACGCGUCCAAGACCUUCUACGACCCUGCCAAGAACCGCCGCGUGCUGUGGGGAUGGAUCGGCGAGACCGACUCCGAGCGCGCCGACGUGGCCAAGGGAUGGGCGUCCCUAAUGUCGAUCCCAAGGACGGUGGUGCUGGACGAGAAGACCCGGACGAACCUCAUCCAGUGGCCCGUCGUGGAGAUCGAGACGCUCCGCAUCAACUCCACCGACCUCGGUGGUACCACCAUCGACACUGGGAGCGUGUUCCCUCUCCCGCUCCGUCGCGCCACCCAGCUCGACAUUGAGGCCACCUUCCACCUCGACGCCUCAGCCGUUGCCGCUGUCAACGAGGCUGAUGUCGGCUACAACUGCAGCACCAGCGGCGGCGCCGCCAACCGUGGCGCGCUCGGCCCCUUCGGACUCCUCGUCCUUGCUGACGGUGCCCUCCAGGAGCAGACGGCCGUGUACUUCUACGUGUCGAGGGGCCUCGAUGGAGGCCUCCAAACCCAUUUCUGCCAGGACGAGUCGCGAUCGUCGCUGGCCCAGGACGUCGUGAAGCGGGUGGUCGGUUUCACCGUGCCUGUGCUUGACGGUGAGGAUCUAUCCCUCAGGGUGUUGGUGGACCACUCGAUCGUGGAGAGCUUCGCCAUGGGUGGCAGGUCCACGGCAACGUCGAGGGUGUACCCGACGGAGGCCAUCUACGCCGCCGCAGGCGUGUACCUUUUCAACAACGCCACCAGCGCCGCCGUCACCGUCGAGAAGCUCAUGGUGCAUGAGAUGGACGACUCCUACAACCAGAUCUUCACGGCCGAAGACGCCUCAGCCGCCUUGUAGCUGAAAUUAAUCAAGCUCUUGGCCAGGUAAUGCAUAUUCACCUAUACAACAUGUUAUGAUUCGAUCGAUCACAUUGAUUGAUCGGAAGCUUCCUCCCUCAUGGAUGGAUGGAGAUGGAGUACUAGCUACUCUAGUCAUCUUCCUGUCUGUUUGUUUGUUUGUUGUUGUUUUUUCUUUUUUCUUUUUGGAUUUUUGGGUUCUUGGCGAGAUGAAUUAGGUAGAUGAUUUGUUGGCAGGAUGAUCACUGCCUUCCAAGUGUAACUACUGGCAGGAUGGAUAUGUAUCCUGCAGCGGGACUAUGAUGAUGAUGAUGAUCAUAUUGAUCAAUCAAUUGUAAAUGGAAUUAUUUGGGGAACGAGAGGGGCACGCGGUUGCGCUGCUACCAAAUUUUUGAAAUGAAAUCUUCCGACUUCCUUUC